UUGUUCGGAGGAAGAUAAACCCCACUUCUUGCAACAAUCAGAGAGAGAAGCACUUCCCAAAGUCGAAGCAGACAAUGGAGUUGCACACGGCGAUUCUACCGUCGCGUUGUUCACUUCCACCACAUCUCUUCCAUUCUCCACCACCUCCUUCAACCCAUUCUUCACCAAUCAAAACCUCCCUUCCCUUUUCGCGCUUCAAUUUCUUCACUAAACUUCAAACACUAACAAGAGGAAGAGGGUUACGACCCUGUAACUAUGUUGCUUCAAAAGAAGACAAUCCAUCUGAUGUGGUGGACGAUAACAGAAUGAUUGGUGUGUGUGAUAAACUCAUUGGUGUUUUCUUGGUUGAUAAACCUACUCCAACUGAUUGGAGAAGAUUGUUAGCUUUCAGUAGAGAAUGGAAAAACAUUAGACCCCAUUUUUUUGCACGAUGUAAUGAUAAAGCACUUUCUGAAACCAAUCCUACUAUGCAGGAAAAACUUCUCCGUCUCGCAAGGAAGCUCAAACAGAUUGAUGAGGACGUGCAGAGACACAAUGAUCUUCUGGAUGUAAUCAGAAAGGAUCUGUCCGAAAUUAGCAAUAUCGUUGCCAAGCGUAGGAAGGAUUUUACAAAUGAAUUCUUUGAGCACCUUCAUGUAGUGACUGAAUCUUACCGUGACGAUGCAGAAAAGCAAAAUGAACUGGCAAAGCUUGGGGAGGCAUGCUUGGCUGCUGUACUUGCCUAUGAUGGUGCAGCAGAAAGCAUUGAACAGAUAAAUGCUGCACAGCUGAAAUUUCAAGAUAUUAUCAAUUCUCCCUCACUUGAUGCUGCGUGUAAAAAGAUAGACAAUUUGGCUGAAAAAAAAGAACUUGAUUCGACGACGGUAUUAAUGAUUACCAAAGCUUGGGCUGCGGCCAAAGAUUCAAACAUGACUGAAGAUGAGGCAAAAGACAUCCUCUUUCAUUUAUACAAGACUUCAGUGGCAAAUCUUCAGAGACAGAUUCCGAAAGAAAUUCGAAUAGUUAAGUAUGUUAUUCAAAUUGAGGAUCCCGAGGAGCAAUUGUCUGCCCUUAAUGAUGCUUUUACACCUGGAGUAGAACUUGAAGGAAAAGAUAUAGAUAGUUUGUACUCGACACCAGAGAAACUUCACAUGUGUUUAAAGACCGUGGUGGAUGCUUAUCAUUCGAGCAAAGAAGGUACACUCGUUAGGGAAGCAAGGGAUCUUAUGAAUCCUGAGAUCGUCAAAAAAUUGGAGAAAUUGAAGAAGGUUGUGGAAAAGAACUUCAUGUGAAUAUGAGGGUGAGAAACAUACUAAGAUGGUUUUCCUAUGCUAAAACAUUAUAACGUGCAUGAUAUUCUUGAUGGCCAUCAAGUGCAGAACUAGGUUUACAGCAACAUUGCUCUAAAUAAGUGUCUAUAUUCUGGCUGGUAUUUCAAAAUUUUCAAAUUGUUCCACUAGAUUAAGCUGAAUCAUGGGGGGAAAACUAGACAACCAUCAAGAUUGUAAUAUCAAAAGUUAGAUUAGGUUCCCUUUUCUUUUUGUUACUACAGGUAGAUUCAAGAAAUACAACAUCUGCACAAAACUUAUGCACUAAACUUCAGCCUUGACCAGGUCUUUUAUGUUACUAUAUGUAAAUAAAAUAUAUUCCAGUGGUUGUGUUUUCGAAAGCUGAUGGAAAUGUGCACAAUUGAAAAAUUA